AUGAACCACUUCCAUGCCUCAACCAACUGCCUCAAGCUAGGCUUUGAUUUGGCCUCCUCCUCGACGACUCCAGGUGGGCAGCGGCACCGGAUCGAGGACGUUAACACUGACCUCAUAGGGCGGACAACGAAGAGCACACCUAAACCACCUCAGCCAUCUUUCUUGGACGACCUGGGAUAUCCUUGCGAUAUUGUCGCAGCGAGUGCAGACUACCUCAUUCGCGACGAGAUCGGUGUACCUCAUUCGAAGAAUGCUCUUCAAACACCAGUGGACAAACACCUCCAGUUUUCCCCUAUCUUCCGCGUGCACAGUCCUGCACCCACAACCGUAGAGGUGGACUGA